CCUCUCCCUCCUUCUUUCCUUCCCUUUCUCCAUAGUUCCUUCUUUCUCUGUCUCUCUCUCUCUCUUUUGCCGUGAUCUCAGAAAUAAUGGCUUCCUCUUCUUCAGUGGAGGAUCACGCCCUCCUCCUGGGCUUAACCCUGUCCACCACUCACCACAACAACCGCAUCAUCACCCCCGCCGCCAAGCCCAACAACUCCGGCGUCGUCCACAGUACUUUCGAGCCUUCCCUCAGCCUCACCCUCCUCUCCGGCAACGGUGAUAACAUUGACCAGGUCUCCGCCCCCGCGGCGGCGAAGAACAGUCGCCAGGAGGCGUCGCCGCCCAACAGCGCGGUGUCGUCGUUCUCGGCGGCCAGCGGCGGCGGCGGCAGGAUGGUGAUGAAGAGGGAACGGGACGUCCUCAGCAGCACCGAUGAGAUGGAGACCGCGGAGAGGGUGGUCUCGUCUAGGGCCAGCGACGAGGACGACGACGGCGGCUCCACCGCCGCCCGGAAAAAGCUCCGCCUCACUAAAGACCAGUCCGCCCUGCUGGAGGAGAGCUUCAAGCAUCACUCCACUCUUAACCCUAAGCAAAAGCAAGCUCUGGCCAGGCAGUUAAAUCUACGGGCGAGGCAGGUUGAAGUUUGGUUCCAGAACAGGAGAGCCAGGACGAAACUGAAGCAGACGGAGGUGGAUUGUGAGUUGUUGAAGAAGUGCUGCGAGACGCUGACCGACGAGAACAGGAGGCUGCACAAGGAGCUUCAGGAACUCAAGGCUCUCAAAUCGUCACCACCGCAGCCGGCGGCGCCGCCCCAGUUUUACAUGCGCGUGCCGGCGGCCACUCUCUCGCUGUGCCCAUCCUGUGAAAGGAUCGGCGGCGGCCCCGCUGUUGCCGCCGCCGAAGCUCCCGUGGCCGGUGGCGCUGAUCACCAUCGCGGUGGUUCGAAUAGUAGUAGUAGCGCCUUCUCGAUGGCUCAAAAGCCCCAAUUCUUUAAUCCGUUCACGAACCCAUCUGCAGCGUGCUGAUUGGUCGGGGGAAGAAAACGGACGACAACAUCAGCAAAAAUACGAAAACCAAAAAAAAAAUGUUGUCUAGAUAUAGGUAAGAAGUUAUGAAAUAGGAUAGAAUUAUAGAUGAUUAUAUAUAAGAGAAGGAAGAAAAGAAAUUAAAGGAGAAGUACACUUUAAUUACCCCCACAAUCCCUCUGUUUUUGGUGAGGGGCAGCUGGUACAAGUGGUGGAAAAAAACGACUAAUUACUGUAAUUAACUUUUAGUUAUUUCUUACUAGAAGAAGAAGAUAAGGGUUAGACAGAAUAAUGGUAGAAGUUAUUGCUUUCUUUAUUUUUACACCUUAGUUACUCCUGCUUUCUGUACUUGCAAGUUUGUGCAUAUAUAUUUUGAGAAGAAAAGGGAUCUACAUAAAUGGAUGAUGAUCAUAGUUUUAUUGGUUGAGUUUGUAUCAUUCACUAUCCCUUUCGUUUUCGGCCAAGUUUAUUCGUACCAUUUAAUUUUUUUCCCUACUUGUUUCUCCAAUUAAAUCGAAAUUUUGGCAAGUACACCAUCAGAUUUUUUGGUAAAUGGAUGCGAAGAGAACCUUAUCCUCUAAUCACGGUUUUGGAGUUCAACGUUUGGAUCACUUGAAUCUCUUUUAGUCAAAACGUGAUCUGGGCAUGCAUCGAUGUCCGGCCACCUCAGCGAUACGCGUCGAGAAUGCAGACCAAUCGCUUUGCUCCUCAGCAAUGCGCGCACACACAGAUCUCGCUCGCACCCUCUCCAAACGCGAUGUGAGCCCAUUGACAAUACCCCAUAUCGCAUUUGGCAGAAGCGAUAGAACCCAAAAAUACAUGGAUUGUGUGAAAUUCUGUGCAGAACUAUUGUACUUCAUCAAUUUAGUUUAACAACUAGUGUAGUUAAGGAAAAUUCCCGGAAAUUACGCCCCCCAUAAGAUUGGUUUUGUUAUUAAUUACAAGGAGAUUGGUCAAAGUGGAUAUGCUGUUUUGAUGUGGAAUUCAUUUAUGUGAGUGUUGGGUUAAAAAAGUUAACUUUCUUGACAAACUAGACAAGAAGAUAUGACUAGGUAACUUGAUGAACUCGCUCGCUCACAUAAUUAAUUACAAUUUUUUAUUUAUUUAUCAGAAUUGUAUUUGAGUUUCCCCAUUGUUGACGGUGCUAAUCAUAAGUUGCCAAAUAUGAUUCCAAAAAGGGAGGGGGCGGCAGGGCAGUAGUACUACUAUGACCUGACUCAUCUCUUUGCUUUUUAUUUAUUUAUUUAUUAUUGGAGUCAUAAUUGAUAUUGUAUUUGUUGACCUUUUUAGGUCGCUAAUUUGGGUAAUAAUUGGAUGGAUGGCCAUCAUCCGCUUCUAGUCUCGUCUCGUCUCGUCAUCAAUUUGUAUUUAUUAUUGAUUUUAUUGGGAGGGUGGGUUCUGCCAUCAGCCACGUACGUAUGUGAAUAAUAUUAUUUCUCAAUUUUUUUUUAUUCUCCCACACGUACGUACCCUGUCCUGGCUUCUCACUCACGCUGGAGCUUAUCCUCUCUUCUCGUGCUUUUGCAUCACGCGAUAGGUACGCGUGAUAUUAAGCAGCAGCAGCAGCUGGUGCUUGCAGUUGCAGACUUUUCUGUUGGUAGUUUUCCCGUCAUGUAUGGUAUUGGUAUGGUUGGUUCUCCAACGAUAAAAAGAAGAAGGGGGGAAAAAUAAUGAUUGAAUGCAGGCACAAGUAAUAACUGAUAUUCAUAAUC